AUGGCGUCCCCUCGAUUUCGUAGGGAAUUGCCUGUGGUGCCUUCCGUUCCUCCUGCCCCUUCGCCUCAAGGUGCGGGGGCAUUCGAAAUUGCGGGAAGACAGAUGGUCUCUAGAUUAGUUAUACUUACUCGUAAAAUGCACCUCUGCACGAGGUUGCACAGCGCGAUCGUGUCUUCGUCAUCGGACGGCAACGGGGAUGGUGACGGUAGUUGCGAUGACGUUGUCGACAACGACGACGACGACGGCGACCACUUAUCGAGACCAAUAGUGCGCGAAGACGUGGAAGUUGAUGUGGAGGAUGAAUCGGAAGGCACGUUGUCAUCCGAUACGGGUGUAGUUAGUGAUCAGAGCGAAGAUCUAACGUUGCACAGAGAGAGAUACGCAGGCGGAACUCCGUGCGUUAACCGGGCGUACCAAGCAUUGCAAGAUCCUGUGCUACUAUUCGACCGGAGGUGCUCUGGCCCUAUGCGCCUCCUCUGGAAGGAGUUCGAUGUCCUGUGCGUUCUCCGUGAUUUGCAUGAAGAGACCGAUGUGCGACACGUAUCGCCGGUGCAGUUUUUACGCGAUCGGGAACUAGGAAUACGCGGAACUGGUGGACGCUGUCUCGUGAGACAGGGAGUCACAGUCGACCGAAAGCUCGUGCAUGAGUGGCCCCAUCACGCGAAACGAAAAAUGUACGCGUGGUUUCGCGAGAAAGCGUACGAGGACUACGAAAGGUGUUUCGAGGUGUACAAUCUUUGGAACGAAAAAAUCCGGGACGAUCAGCACGUAGAUUUCAGUCGUAUAAAUAACAGGUACUACUGGGCGAAGCGAAUCGUCGAAAAGCUCGAGUAUAACCGUAAUCUGUACAUUACGAUUUCCGUGGGUAGCGAGAGGUACGUCGAGUUGCUGGUGAUAGAUCCAUACAUCUACAUGUAUGGCGAGUGGCGGAAGUAUCCCGCCGCUGUAAAACGGCAGAUCGACGAGCACAGGCUGCAGUGGGAGCGUGAAUUUGACGAACGUGGUGAGCUGGACGAUACUUUUUGCAACGUGUGCACCGUUCUUCGAAAAGAGUGCAUGUAUCAGGGAAGCGAAGAGUUGGAGGACUACCGCGUUCUAAAUAUGGACCGAACGUGUCGACAGUGUCGCCAAAUCACGUGCAAGUGUUUCGUGGAAGAGUGCGACCGGCUCGAAGAACUCUGUCGCACCAAGCGUCCUCGGCUCGCCGCCGGAAGUAGACAGUCCGCGGUGGCGAGGAUCGCGCGACUCGCUGGUGAAAAGGUGCGAGUGGAGAGACGAUUCGUGCACGUGGGCGCCGGACACAGUACGGGACUCGUGUGGCGAGAGAUCGAUACCGCGUUCCACAGUCGCGUUUUGACCGGUGCGGUAAUUAACACGGAUUAUACCGAGCCUCAGCGAUUUUUGGAGGACGCGGGCGAUACAGUGCUCGAGCGAGUGCGAGACGCCAUAGAGAGACACGGUAGCGUGAAGGUGACCACCGCGUUCAACGGCGAGUUUACGUCGGGUGACAAACGCGCCAAUAUAGGCAGACCCUCGCGAAACGCGGAACUCUAUCGAACGUCGGAUUUUGGCGAGUUCGAGGAGCGCGACAGCGGGUGGGCGCUGUCGCGAAUCCUCAAUUUAACGGUAAACGUGAACAAGCACAAUCCGCACGCGAGAUGCUACGUCGAAAUGCCGUGGAAGAUAGCGACGAAACGAGCGGUAGUCAACGUGCGCUCGACGGACAACACGUGCUUCGCGUGGUCGGUGGCCGCCGCUCUGCACCCCGUGGAAAGACACGCGGAUCGGGAGUCGUCGUAUCCGUAUUACGCAACGGUGCUCGAAUUCGCGGGUAUCGAGUUUCCGAUGACUCUGAAGGACAUAACGAAAUUCGAACGUGCGAAUGACGUAUCGAUAAACGUGUACUGUAUCGAAAAGGAGAUGGGCGAACUAUCUGUUCUUCCGAUAUGAUUAAAUGGUCGAAAGAUGGAGAGGCAUGUCAACUUGUUGCACAUGCAGGAUCCACGAGACAGCAGCAUCUUCAGCCACUUCGCGCGGAUAAAAAAUCUGUCCCGCCUCGUGAGCUCUCAACUCAGCAAGAAGCAACACAAGAAAUUCUUCUGCGACCGAUGCCUACAUUACUUUAGCUCGCAGGAACGACUGGAUGCCCACACCGUGGACUGCAACGAGCUGAACGAGUGUGCGGUAGAGCUGCCGAAAGAAGACGCGAAAUGGCUAACGUUCGGCAAACACGGCAACAAGGAACGUGUGCCGUUCGUCGUGUACGCCGACCUGGAGUGCGUUCUCGAAAAGAUGGACCCGAAUCUGCCUGAAUCUCAACACCACAAGGUACACAGUAUCGGAUACUACGUGCACUGCUCGUACGACGACGCGCUAUCGAUGUAUCGGUGUCGUCGCGAUAAGGAUUGCGUCGCGUGGUUCGUGGAGGAACUCAAAGAAUUGGCGCACAAAGUAAAGUCCGCUCUUUCGAGUCUCGAAAAAUUGACAUCUUAUCUCGAAAAGGAUAAACUACGGAUAAUGCAACGCGAAUUUUGUACUCUACCAGCGGAACAUUUCGAGCUCCUCACUAGAAAAGGCGUAUUUCCGUACGAGUACGUCGACCGCUUCGAAAAGUUGGAGGAUACGUGUUUACCGCCGUGCGAAUCGUUUCACAGUUCGUUGACGGGCGACACCGUGUCUGAGAGCGAUUACGAGCACGCCGUUGACGUGUGGCAGCGGUUCUCCAUCGGAACGCUCGGCGAGUAUACCUCAGCGAUCUAUACCUGA